CCAGGGGGACUUCACCCUCUGCAAGUGCAUGAUCGACCAGGCUCACCAAGAGGAGCGGCCCAUCCGACAGAUCCUGUACCUGGGGGAGCUGCUGGAGACCUGCCACUUCCAGUCCUUCUGGCAAGCGCUGGAUGAGAACAUGGAGCUGCUGGAGGGGAUCACCGGCUUCGAGGACUCCGUCAGGAAAUUCAUUUGCCACGUGGUGGGGAUCACGUACCAGCACAUCGACCGCUGGCUGCUCGCCGAGAUGCUGGGAGACCUCUCAGGUGAGGGGGCUGGGGGUCCUGAGCAGGGUUUUGGGGGGUCCCAGGUGGAAG